UGUCGUUUGAUCCAAAACGAAGCCUCCAGCCAAAGUUUCCAUUGGCAACAAACCAUUGCUACAAUUUGAAACUACUUCUUCUAGGCAAGCCGUCAGAGGAGAAUCAAUGGAUUUUUUUGAUCCUAUAUGGGAGAAUCGAUACAUGUAAAUUUAUAUAUUAUUGACUUUGAUUUGGACUCCAUGAUAAUUUCCGUAAAUAAUAUUUGAUUUGAACUCAAUAAUAAUUUUUCUUAUUUAACAAUAUUAUCUAGUUUUUUUUUAGUUUUAAAGUCUUAAAUAUUAAAUAUAACUAUAAUAAUUUGAUCAGAAAACGGAUGAAAAGACUAUUUUAUCUGUGAAUUAUUUUAACGAAGAGCUUUUUUAAAUCACUUUUUUAAGAAUUUUCACACUUUUAAUAUAUUAUAAAUAUAAAUUAUAGAUAUAAAUAUAGAUAUAUAAAUAACUAUAAAUUACUUUUGCCUAUAAUUUAUAAUAAUUGAAAAUUUAACUAGGGAGCUAGUUAUACCUCUUAUACUUACCAAUUUGGUUUUCCUCUUUUCUUGUUCCCUACUCCAUUCCCACUCUCAAUUCUCAAAAAAUUCUCUCUCUAAAAAAAUGGCAACACCAAUGGUACUCGACCCGAAACCCGCACCAAUCCCACCGUCAACCCGACCCGAAUCCGACCUCCCCUCCUCCUCCGACGCCGGCGCCGGCUCCGACGACGACCUCUACUCUCGCCUAAAAUCCCUCCAACGUCAAUUCGAAUUCAUCGAGAUCCAAGAAGAGUACGUGAAAGAUGAGCUCAAAAAUCUCCGUCGCGAACACUUACGUGCACAAGAAGAAGUCAAAAGGAUUCAAUCAGUACCGUUAGUAAUUGGUCAGUUUAUGGAGAUGAUUGAUCAGAAUAACGCUAUUGUUGGUUCAACUACUGGUUCUAAUUACUAUGUCAGAAUACUUAGUACGAUUAAUCGUGAGCUACUUAAGCCGUCUGCGUCUGUGGCGCUUCAUCGCCAUUCGAAUGCGCUUGUUGAUGUUCUUCCACCUGAGGCUGAUUCCAGUAUCUCGCUGUUAAGCCAAUCAGAGAAGCCUGAUGUUACUUACAAUGAUAUUGGAGGAUGUGACAUACAAAAGCAGGAAAUCCGUGAAGCUGUUGAGUUACCUCUGACUCAUCAUGAGUUGUACAAGCAGAUUGGUAUAGAUCCUCCUCGUGGUGUGUUGCUCUAUGGUCCACCAGGCACGGGGAAAACUAUGCUUGCAAAGGCUGUAGCAAAUCAUACAACUGCGGCCUUCAUAAGGGUAGUUGGCUCAGAAUUUGUACAGAAGUACUUGGGUGAGGGCCCACGAAUGGUUCGUGAUGUCUUUCGCCUUGCCAAAGAAAAUGCUCCAGCAAUCAUAUUUAUUGAUGAGGUUGAUGCAAUUGCUACUGCUAGGUUUGAUGCUCAGACUGGAGCUGAUAGAGAGGUCCAGCGUAUUCUCAUGGAGCUACUAAAUCAGAUGGAUGGGUUUGACCAAACUGUGAACGUAAAAGUUAUUAUGGCAACCAAUAGAGCCGACACACUGGACCCUGCACUUUUACGUCCUGGAAGGCUUGAUCGUAAGAUUGAAUUUCCUUUGCCUGAUAGACGUCAAAAGAGGCUUGUUUUUCAGGUAUGCACUGCUAAGAUGAACUUAGGUGACGAGGUCGACUUGGAAGAUUAUGUUUCUCGCCCUGAUAAAAUCAGUGCUGCUGAGAUUGCAGCUAUCUGUCAAGAAGCUGGUAUGCAUGCAGUGCGCAAGAAUCGAUAUGUCAUACUUCCCAAGGACUUCGAAAAGGGUUACAGGACCAACGUGAAGAAGCCUGACACUGACUUUGAAUUCUACAAGUGAUUGUUUUUAAAGGCCAAGCAAAUACUUGAGAAAUCUACCAUGUAAGCUCUGUACUUCUUUCUUUUGUAGUUCUGAGCUGUUGAAUAUUUAAUGGCUGUUUCUAGCUUUUCGGUAAGAUGUUUGUUCGGAAAGUGUUAGUAGGCAGUAUAUGGUUGAAUCCGUGUGCAACAUUCAGAUUCACAGUUUCAGAUACUUUCUCAAGCCUUAAGUUACUCUCAUGGUGAGGGUGCUCGCCGA